AUGGCAAACAGCUCGGCAAACAUAGUGGGUGUCCACUAUAAAGUCGGUAAAAAGAUAGGAGAGGGAUCUUUUGGCAUCAUUUUUGAAGGUGUCAAUCUUCUCAAUAAUCAACAAGUAGCCAUAAAGUUUGAACCACGUAAAUGUGAAGCUCCGCAACUUCGAGACGAGUACCGCUCGUACAGAAUAUUGAAUGGGAUUCCGGGGAUUCCCCAGGCAUACUUCUUUGGACAAGAAGGCGUGCACAAUAUUUUGGUAAUUGACUUAUUAGGUCCUUCUUUGGAAGAUUUGUUCGACUGGUGUGGACGCAAGUUUCUGGUAAAGACGGUUGUUCAGGUAGCAAAACAGAUGAUUGCGCGUGUACAAUCGAUUCAUGAGUCCAAUCUUAUCUAUCGUGAUAUUAAACCAGAUAACUUUUUGAUCGGAAAGCCGGGUUCACCCAAUGCUAAUCAGGUUUUCGUGGUUGACUUUGGUAUGGCGAAACAGUUCCGUGAUCCCAAAACGAAACAUCACAUCCCUUAUAGAGAAAAAAAGGCUCUCAGUGGAACCGCAAGGUACAUGUCUAUAAACACCCAUUUAGGAAGAGAGCAACUGAGAAGAGACGAUCUCGAAAGCUUGGGCCAUGUGUUCAUGUACUUUUUGCGAGGAUCUCUUCCUUGGCAAGGGUUGAAGGCUCCUACCAAUAAGCAAAAGUACGAAAAAAUUGGACUCAAAAAGCAAAGCACAUCUAUCAAUGAACUCUGCUACGGGUUCCCCAUCCAGUUUGCUCAAUAUCUCAUGUAUGUUCGAAACCUCAAGUUUGACGAGGAUCCAGACUACGCCUACUUAAUUCUGCUCAUGGACAAAGCUUUCAUCUCCAUCGAAGCUACCGAGGACAAUCACUAUGACUGGAUGGAUCUUAAUGGAGGACGAGGAUGGGAUGCAGCUCUCAAUAGAAAGGCCAAUUUACAUGGUUAUGGAAAUCCCCAUCCACCACAACCUCCACAAAAUAAGCAUCGUCAAUCUUCAAACACUCAGCCAUAUGGUCGUCAAGCUAGACUUCAUCCCGACAGUCUGUUGAACAGAAAUCCAAGACCACAAUCUCACUCACCGCUCAAAGCGAAUUACCAAUCUUCAGGUCAAGAAAACGAUGCAAGCCGGUACGGAAGAUAUGGAACCAUGUCGGCGAACGAUGACUAUCAUUCAGAGGUUUCUAGCAUUGAGAGAAGACUUCGCGAGCGAAGCUUCUUGCGACGGUUUUUCUGCUGCUUUUAA